CAUCAUCAACAACCCCCUCAGUCCUUACAGCUGCUCGUUUCUCCGUUCGGUUCUUUUCGCUCCUUUAGUCGCCCGUUCGCUUUAGCCUAUGCUUACAUGUUGAAUUGGCGGAUGCCCCUUAGCUGGCAUUGCAGCAUGUGUCUGGCGUUGACGCUCAGGAGCUAAUGGAAUGUCCGCCACUACCACCACCACCCCCGGCCAAAUGCCCUCCUCCAAUGGAGCGGCCAAUCUCGACCCUUUGGACGCAGCGGACUAUGAUCCAAUCGACCACCUGAACGCAAUCUUCUCUCACCCCUCCACGCUGUCGUCCGUGUCCCAAGUGUCCCAGACCCUCUGCGAAUAUGAAGACGAGCUCGACGACGAUAUCGGCGCACUGGUGGAGGAUCAGGUCACGUCCAAUGCGGAGAGCGUCGAGCGCAUCCAGGCCGCCAAGGCAGACUUGACGGAGCUGUUCAGGAAGAUCGACGAUGUGCGCGACCGCGCGUCCAGGACGGAGCUAGCCAUUACGGAGAUGACGGCGGACAUCAAGCAGCUGGACAAUGCGAAAAAGAAUCUCACCCUAUCCAUGACGGUGCUAAAGAGACUGCAGAUGCUCACCACAGCCUACGACCAACUCCGUUCCCUUGGUCGCACGCGGCAGUACCGGGAUUGUGCUCAGCUGCUGCAGGCGGUGAUUCAGCUGAUGGCGCAUUUCAAGUCGUACCGCUCAAUUGAUCAGAUUGCUCUGCUUAGUAGGAAUGUUGCGGACAUACAACGGGAGCUUCUGGAGCAGGUCUGCGAGGACUUCGAGCUGGCAUUCGCCAAGGGGGAAGUGGGUCAAAAGAGGCCGGUGCUUUCGGAGGGCUGCUUGGUUAUGGAUGCACUGGGUGACCACGCAAAAUCUAGGCUGGUGACCUGGUAUUGCAACUUCCAGCUGCGCGAAUAUCGUCAGGUGUUCAGGAACAACGAAGAGGCCGGGUCGUUAGACAACAUAUCGCGGCGGUAUGCAUGGUUCCGGCGCAUCUUGAAGAUCUACGACGAGGAGUACGGACCCAUCUUUCCUGCAUCUUGGAAGGUCUGCGAGAUCCUGGCCAACGUCUUCUGCGAGGGCACACGAGAGGACUUCAAGGGGAUUCUCUCCCGAUCCGUGCGCAAUGGGCAGACGAUCGAUGUCAAUCUGCUACUGUCGUGUCUGCAGGAAACGCUGGACUUUGAACACUCCCUUGAGCGGCGCUUCGUCAGCCCAUCCCGCCCUUCGACGGAUACGUUUGCCUCGAGUGAGGCGCCUGUCUUCGGUCAGGCCAUCUCCGAGGCGUUCGAGCCCUAUCUGAGCGUGUGGGUUGAAGCCCAGGACAAGCAGCUGGCUGCGCUUAUACCCAAGUAUCGGCAACAACCUGCAAAGCCACCGGACGAAGAGUUUGACUCGCAUAUUGUCAUAUCCUCCUCCACAGACCUUUUCACGUUUUACCGGCAUUCGCUGCAGCAAUGCGCGAAGCUAUCUACGGGUGGGAGUCUUGCCGACCUGGCCAAGGUGUUCGCCAAGUACCUCGAUCAGUACACCCAGGUUCUACUCUACUAUAUCAGCGAGAGACCGACCGGGCACACUCCAUCAAAGGUCCCCGAUAUUGAGGACCUGAUCUUGGUUCUCAACACCGCGGACUACUGCUACACGACCUGCAACCAGUUGGAGGAGAAGAUCAAGGGCAGGCUCGAUAAGAAUCUAAAACAUACAGUGGACCUACAGAGUCAAGCCGACUCGUUUAUGGGCAUUGCAUCUGCGGCUGUGCGAGGGCUUGUGCGUAAGGUUGAGAUUGAGUUGGAGCCCUGCUGGCGGGAAAUGCGCAACACGCCCUGGAACCGGCUGGAGAGCGUCAGCGACCAGAGCUCCUACGUCGGCGAGCUCAUGUCCAAGACGCAGACGAAAUGCUCGGAACUUCUGCAGCUGCUGCAUAAGCAACAAUACGCCCGAGCGUUUGCAGACCAUGUCGUAGAGCUGAUCUCGAACGUAUUCAUCACCAACAUCUUCCAGUGCAAACCAGUCUCGGAGACCGGCGCAGAGCAGAUGCUUCUAGACGCCUACACCCUCAAGACCGGUCUCUCAUCGCUCCUCCCCAGCCCCGCGCCAGCGGGUUUUGUAAAGCGCGUCAACGCCAGCUUUGCGAAGAUCGAAGCUCUCCUCAAGACCCUCCAGGUUCAGCCAUCUCCCCCCGAAGCCCUCGUCCAGGCCUACUUGGUCCACAUUGCGGACCAAAACAAUACGAACUUCCGCAAGAUUCUUGACAUGAAGGGAAUCCGCAGUCGACAGGAGCAGAACCACCUUUUAGAACUGUUCCAAAUCCACCGUGCAUCCGACCGCUACGCAGCAAACCUCCAACAGAGCAACCCCAUCCUAGCAGCCUUGCAGACCACCACCACCCCGUCCUCCAGCACAGUCUCCCAGGGCCUGGGUCUCGGCACCCUGGGCACAUCAGCCGCCGCAUCCAUCGGCGCCUCCACCACCCGCUUCGACCCUACCAUGCUCGGGUCCGCCAUCAUCUCUGCCGCCAAGGACGGCGUUGAUCGCUUCGGAACGCCGAUGAGCUCCUCCAACACGACGAGUCUCAGUCCCGCCGGAGGCGGCAUCUCCGGUGCCUUGACCAGCCCGUCCACCUCUGGACCUUUAGGACAGAUGCAGCCACCAGGCGAAGGUAUCUCCUCGGCCGGGAACCUGAACGAGAAUCUCAAGAAUCUUGGGAAAUUCUUCCGUCGAGAUCUAGGCGGGUUUGGGGGUCGGUUUGGACGGGGCGGUGAUGAUGGCAAUUAAUGUAUAUCUUCGAGCGAAUAGCAUAUAUUACUGUCUGUACGUGUAGGUCCUUGUUAUAGAUUCCUUGAAAUG